CUUUUCUUCUGCAAGUUAUUGUUAAAAACAGAACAUUAAGAGCAAGAGUUAUAUUUUUUGCUUUUUUUACGAGAAAAGUCAUAGAAUCAUAAUGUUGUAGUAAAUUGAUAGUAAAUCGACAUUUUAGACUUUUUAGAUAUCACUAACUCAGAUGAUGGAGGUGAUGAAAACUGGUAGCUUGUGUAUUUAAAGAAGAAGAAGAAGCAAGCGACCAGACGGUUACACAAACAAUCGAGGACACAUCCAGUAAGAAAAGGUUGUAAACAUCAGACAAUCAGCCAUUAUAUUUUCAUUUUAAAAUCAAGGGAAAAAAAGAGCUCUUGAAAGAGAACCACAUAGAGUCUCGCAAGUUACAUGUUCGUUUGUCACAAUACCAGAUUUACAUGGAAGUCAACUGUAAAAAAGGACAGGUGGACGACUUGAUACAGGGGCUUCGCCACAAGGUGGACUGUGUCAUACAUGAGGAAUACGAAAAUGAGCUUGAUGGGAUACCGUGGUUUCCAAGGAAAAUUUCUGAUUUGGAUGAUAUUUCAAACAGGGUGUUGAUGUAUGGUUCAGAACUUGAUGCCGAUCAUCCAGGUUUUAAAGACAAAAUAUACAGGGAAAGGCGAAAGAAGCUUUCUGCUCUUGCCAUGUCUUACAAACAUGGUCAACCAAUCCCUAGAGUUGAGUAUACCCAGGAGGAAAUCGCCACUUGGGGAAGAAUUUUUAAACACCUGAAACAGCUGUAUCCGACCCACGCUUGUAAGGAGUUUUUAGAAAACUUUAACCUCCUGAUAAAGUAUUCCGGCUACAGGGAAGACAGUAUUCCACAGUUGGAAGAUAUAAGCUGCUUUUUGAAACGACGAACGGGAUUUCAACUAAGACCUGUUGCUGGCUAUUUGUCAUCACGCAACUUUUUGGCUGGUUUAGCUUUUCGACUAUUCCACUGCACCCAGUAUAUACGUCACAGUUCGGAUCCUUUCUACACUCCUGAACCUGAUUGUUGCCACGAGCUUCUUGGUCACGUGCCUCUUCUGGCAGAUCAUAAUUUCGCACAGUUUUCCCAAGAGAUUGGUUUGGCAUCUCUAGGGGUUUCGGAUGAUGAAAUAGAGAAACUGGCAACAUGUUACUUCUUCACAGUGGAGUUUGGACUCUGUAAACAGAACGGCGAAAUGCGGGUAUUCGGUGCUGGUCUUCUUUCUUCUGUCGCAGAGUUACAACACGUGUUAUCUUCCAAUGUUAAGGUUUUGUCCUUUGAUCCCGAGCUGACGUGUAAGCAGAAACCCAUUAUUACUUCAUUUCAGAAGGUUUACUUUUACACCAACAGUUUUGAAGAGGCCAAAGAGAAAAUGAGAGAAUUUGCCAAAACCAUUAAACGCCCUUUUGGCAUUCGCUACAGCCAUUGCACGCAGACUAUAGAAAUACUAUCGAACACUAGGAAGAUAAGCACGUAUGGUGAGUGAGUGCUGUGUCACGGUGACAUGAACUCUGAGAUGAAUCGAACUAUGAAGUAGUGUUUAUGUUUAAAGUAAACAACUGGAAUUUAGUGAAACAAAUUAGAAAACUUCUGUGACGUGCUGAAAAUAUUUCUUUAUUGAUUUCAUAGAUUUCAAAUAAUUUACGUUUCACUAGAA